AUGAAAUCGAAUUCAAUUAAAGCUGCUGAUAAAGAGGCACUUGAAAUAUUUGAAAUGCUAUUUAACUUAGGCCAAACUAAAGCUUGGUAUAAGAGUUUAGCGAUCUCAAGCUUUUGGUUUGAAAAAUUGAUAAUAUUGUUGAGGAUUUCGCAGCUUUUCGUUUUUACGUUUGCUGCAAAUUAUGAGACUUGGCCUGUCAGAUGAAGAGGAAUGAUACACGAAAGCGGAAUAUCGAUAAUUUUUGCAGCUGAUUUUGGGACUUUGUUUUAUGAUGAUAUAGCUCAGCAUUAGCUAUGAUUACCCUAUUUCCCAUUAAAAAUAUCAAAUUCAUUGAUUUUUUUUAGUCAAUAAAAAUAUUUUCAAGGUCAUUCGUUACUAUACUCAUGGUAUAUAAUGAAAGACAACUUUGCAAGAAUCAUGUACUCGUCAAGUUGAAUUAUUUUUGCAAGCGUUGUAAUUGCGGUUUAUAUAUUUGGAAGAUUCAUUAUGCCGUUAUCAGUGCUUUGAAGGCUAAGAUUUGAGCGAUAUUACUUGGAAAUCGCUCAUUUAUUUUAUUUACCGAUUGCACUUGGACUUUUACCAAUUGCUAUAUGUAGGUAUGAUAACUGUUGAGAUGAUCUUGGCGCUCAGGCUACAACAAGUGUGAUAAGCUUUAUUAUCAUGUUUUUGUAUUUAAUUGGGAUGCCAAUUUAUGUAAUAUUAGUGGCUAGAAAAAAUAUUAUCACUGAUGAUCCAGAGGCUCAUGACUCUCCCUCCCUUUAAUUGGAACAAAAAUUCCCGUUUCAAUUUAAAGGUGGUUAAUUUAAAAAAAUAUGAUUUGACCACAAUAAUUUGAAAUUUUAUGCAGAAAUAAUUAAAAAGAUUAAUCGAUUCAAUAUGAAAACUGUUUAAAUAGUAUUCUACUUGCACUUUUUUAUUAAAUUAGGUCAAAACUAAUUUUAUAAAAUAAGUAUUUUAAUUAUAAUUUUUUAGUUUUUUUUUAAAAUUAAAAAUAUAAAUUGAAUUCUUAAAUUUUAAUUUGUUUUAUGAAGAAUUAAAUAAAGUAAUUAAUCGAUUCAGAGUAAAAACUUUUAAAUUAUAUUUUUUCUAUUAAAUUAGGUUAAAACUAAUUUUUAAAAAUUAGUAUUUUCAUCCAUAAAAUUUUCCUCUUUGAAAAAAAUUGUUCCGAUUUAAAAUUGGGGAGUGAGGAUUUUAUAAAGCAAAAAGAAAUGGAAUAUGUCCUGCAGAUUUCUCACUCAUGGUUGAGUGAAAAAUAUUAUUUAUUUUCAUCAUAUAGAAAAACUAAAUUCAGAAUUUACCACAAAUCUGUCUAUGAAUUUUUCGUACUCUCAUUAGUUCUUGUGCAUGGGCUACUAAACACCAACCAAGAAGUCAAAAUGCUAGUAUAGGACUUUCCCUUGAAUAGCCCAAUAACGAGCUGGCUUUAUCCCGUUAUCGGUCUAUUCAAGGGAAAGAGCUAUACUUACUCUACAACUAUUUGGAUUUUCUAUAUAUUUAACUAUUUUCCCUGCUUAUAGAUGCUUAUCAUCAAGCUACCUAUUUGCAGUUGGUCUAUGAACUAUAUGUGCAAACAUGUUUUUAGGAUAUCUAAAAGCAGCCCAUUAUAAAGCUGAAGCUCUUGUGGACGAAAAUAUGGUCUCCAUCCUUGUCGCAGUUAAUGUAGCUGCAUUAAUUAUCCUACUAUUUUUAAUGUGCGCCUACUUUAUUUUCUGCUUAAAGUGGCCUGUAAACCUAAAAACCGUCAAAAAUCUUGCUUUAGGUUACCGAUUUCUUUUAGCAGAUCUCAGAAAUGCCCAAAAAAUGAUAUUAGUCUUGCGCAGCCUCUCACAUUAUCAAUUUGUCAAAGCUGAGCCUGUAGUGGCGAUGAUUAAGCUCCUAAGAGAUCAUUAUUAUCUUUUAUAUAAUGAAAAUCAUCCAUUGCAGUAUACAGUUCUUGAACAGCUUGAUAUACUGAAUUAUCUUCAGCAGAGGGUAAGCUCACAAACGCUUUUACCUUGUAAAAAACUGGAAGAAAAUUUUGGGCUUGUUGUAAGGGUUAUGAACAGACGCUGGAGAGAACAGAUUUUAAUGACACCAGUCAAAAGAAGGAUUUUAUUAAAAUUGUUAAGGCAAUUUAUACAUAUUUUUUUAUGCAUAAAUAGUAAGGAAAUCUAUUAUGUAUCUUACUCCCCCCUCCGUGAGCGAUCAAAAAUAUUUUGUUCGAUCUUGGAGUACUAAUUUUUUUUUAAAAAUUUAUAUAUAAAUUUUAAAGUAAUUAUUUUUGGAAAUUAAAAAAAAUCCAUUUUUUGAAAAAUCGGAAGCAAAUAUUAAUUUAAUUUGUGUCAUAAAACAUUUUUAUGUUAGCAAAUUUGUUUGCUGGGUUUUACCCAAAAAAUAGGGGUUUUCCAAUAGUUUUGUUUCGCUCACAGAGGGGGGAGAGUUAGAAAUAUUUUUUACCAUUAAAACUCUAUAUUUUACGCAUGUUUAUCGGAAACCGAAUCAUGAAGCCAUUUAAUAGUGGCGAGCAAAACAACUAUAUAGGAAAAGGCGAAAAAAUGCGCCCAAUCGAUGUCUAUGAUUUUGACAUGGACAAGCUUUACCAAAAAUUAGAAAAAGUCUUAAGUGACGACGUAAAUGAAGAAAAAAUGAACGAUAUCACCUUUAUUGGUGGAAUAGAUGGAGACAGUCUGUCUCUUAAAGGAAAUAUUCAAAAAGCACACGAAGAAAAUAAUAUUCACUGGCUUGUGGAUUUAACUGAAAAUGCUUUAAAUAUAGGAGAUGAAGACAGCAUUGAGAUGCUAGCUGAGAUUUGGGAUGAAAGAGGCAUUAAAAAUUUGCCUGAAGAUUUAAGGUCCCGGCUAAAAGAAUAUAAGUUAUAA